AUGUACGAUUUUCAAUGUUGGGUUUGCUUUGAGCUCUAUAUCGAACCAAUAACUUUGGUUUGUGGUCACUCAUUCUGUAAACAAUGUAUUUUAAAAGCAUCACAAAGUGAUUUGAAUUGUCCAUUCUGUAGACAAGAGUAUUCUUUGCCACUUCCAGCAAUCAACAUCCCACUUCACCACAAGAUUCUUAAGUUAAAGGGUAUCGAAGUACCAGAGGAAUCACCUGACACCAAUAACAACCAGAACAACAACAACAAUCAGAACAAUAACAAUCAAAAUAACAAUAACAACAACAAUAAUGUUAAUAACGAUCAAAAUAACAAUACUGAACAUCAGUAUAAUGUACCAAUAAUUAAAUCAAAACAAAUACCAGUUGAUCAAAUUAUCUUUAGCCUUCCAAUGAUUGUUUAUAUUCAAAUAUUCCAAAAUUUUGAAGCCAAAGAAAUUUGUAAUCUAUCAUUGGUCUGCAAGGAUUUCCUCAGAAUAUCCAACGACUCUUGGUUAUGGAAACACAAAUUAUAUCAAAUGAUUCCAUUCUGUAGUCCAGAGGAAUAUAGUAAUAAUUAUAAACUAUGCUAUAAAUCAUAUGGGGUUGCCUAUAAAGCAAUGGGAAAGGGUGUUCCAGGUAGUUUCAAGAUGACACCAUUCAGAGGUCACACUGGAAAGAUCAAUUGCUUCACUCAUAUCAAUAAUACUAUGGCUACAGGUAGUCAGGAUUCCACUUGUAAAGUCUGGAAUAUGAAGGAUGGAAAGGAGUGGUACAGUUUAGUUGGUCAUUCCGGUGCUAUUACAUCACUCCAGAUGAGUCCAACCCACGUUGCCACUGGUUCUGCCGACUCUACAGUCAAGCUAUGGGACUUGGAUAGCGGAUCAACCACCUCAACUCUCUCACAUCAAAACUCGACUGAGCGUGUCGCCUCGUUGUGCUUCAACUCCAAUAACUAUGACCAAGUUGUCACUGCCAUUGGAAGUCGUGUCUCUCUCUGGGACAUCCACCUAGGAAAGACAUUGGAGUCGAUCAACGUCACUGGACAACCAUACAAAGUAUCGUUCGAUAACCAAGGAAGAUUGAUUACCAACACCUCCGAUCACUUUAGUGUCUGGGAUAUGAGAAAGCUUGCCAAGCCAUUAUAUCAAGUAACUCCAGCCACUUUGUAUCAUGCCACCAACGAUUACUACGUAACUGUCGAUCAAGCCAGAAGAUUGACUCGUUACAGUACUGCAACUGGAGCGGUUCUCGAGAGCAAUGUUCUUCCAGCUUAUGGAAAUGUCACUUGUCUGGUUGCAACAAGCAGUGAAGUCAUUUUGGGUAUUGGAAACAAUGUAUACAGCUAUUUCAAUGGACAGAUAAAGACAACCUACGCCAACCACACCGCAGAGGUACAGUGUGUCUAUGUUGACGACAAGAAAGUCUUCUCUGGUUCCAAGGACAACACCAUCAAGGUUUGGGAUAAGCAAAAUGGUACCAGACUUUAUUCACUUCUCGGUGGUUCCAAUGUUGUCAGGGAGGGUGAAGAGCCACCCACUGGUUGCAUGGACCUUCGUACUGAUCAAAGCAGAGUAAUUGGAUCAUUCAACAAUCUCAUUAGAAUCUACAACUUUAAGAUCAAAUAA